AUGGGGGAAAAGACUGGAUUAGGCGAUCGAUCACUGAAAGAUGUCUUAUCAAGGGACAGGCUGGUUUAUUGCAACAAGCGAGUGCCAUGUGCAAAUGAUGUGGCUUUACCAGUACCGUUGGAUCCAACGACGAGGAGAGAGUGUCUGGCGAAGAGAGCGACCGCGUCGGCCCAAGACUCAAGACGCAAGUUCGCCGUCAAUGCUUCCUCCACCGUCAACUUCUUUCUCUCCGUCACUCAGGUCUACGCUGCCAUCACUACCGACUCUCUAGCAGUACUUGCCUUCUCACCCCUUCUCUCCCAACCUAUUAUCGACGGAGUCGGACGUGGUCAUGUUGGGAGCAUAAACCCCCAGGUAGCAACAUGA